CCCCCCCAAAAAAUAAAAAAAAUCAACAGGAAGUUGCCUCGCGUCCAUCCCCGCGUGCUUUGCUCGCAUCCUCCGCUGCGCCGCGGCAGAGCAGACGAGGCACCAUGGAGCGCCGCGAGACGCGUGGGAGACGCGCACCGAGCCGACGGGACGAGAGACGGAGUCUCUGAGCACUUUGUAAGUCACUUUUCGGGGGACUGUCGGCGUAUUUAUAGUGCGCCAGCAGGUGGACCGUUGCGUCCCCUCGACCCCACCCCCCCCCACCCCCCCUUUCCCUCCACCCCUCACCCACAACCAACCACACACCCACCCACACCCCUCUCCCCCCUCCGCCUCGGAAAGCGUGGACACAUUGAGCGGACAGGUCCAUGAGAGACGGAGGGUGGAGCGCGCCCGUUGGAUGGACGAACCCCGCGUCCGGAACAUUUCUCCUCGUUGUCGGGACGUGUCGCCGGCGUGUGCUGCGUGAAAACAACAACAACAACAACACAAAACUGCUUUUUUCCCCCUCCACGUCCCGCGGCACCAGGAGGACCUGUUACUCAUCUCGCGGGGAUCUGUGAGCCGAGCUGAGGCUGAGAGGCGGAGGAGCGGCCGCUGAAGCCAUGGUGAAGUUCCACAACUCGGACCUGUGGAUAGCCUGGAUGCUGCUGUUCUGCAUGGAGGCGUACGUGCGGGCGCUGGACGUGACGGUGUCCCAGAGCAGCGUCCAGGUGGCCCGGGGACAAGCGGCCGUGCUGCCCUGCUCCUUCACCACCAGCGCUGCCCUCAACAACCUGAACAUCAUCUGGAUGGUGAUCCCGCUGUCCAACGCCAACCAGCCAGAGCAGGUGAUCAUUUACCAGGGCGGCCAGGUGUUCAGCCUCGCCAACCACCUCAACGGCCGCGUUGGCUUCCAGGCCACCAUGCCGAGCACAAGUGCCUCCAUCUUCAUCAACAACACCCAGCUGUCCGACACGGGGACCUACCAGUGCCUGGUCAACAACCUCCCGGACAGAGGGGGGCGCAACAUCGGCGUCAUCGGGCUCACCGUGUUGGUGCCCCCCUCGGCGCCGGCGUGUCGAAUCCAGGGCGCGCUGGACGUAGGCGGCGACAUCAUGCUGAUGUGCAGCUCAGAGGAAGGCAUUCCCACGCCGUCCUACUCCUGGGAGAAGCUGGACGCGCUGCCCAGGCUGCCGCACAACGCCAUGCAAGACCAGAUGCAGGGCACAGUAACGCUGAGGAACAUCAGCACCAGCACCUCAGGACUCUACCAGUGCACCUCCAGCAACGCCAUCGGCAAGAGCACCUGUCUGCUCAACCUGGAGGUCGUGGCACCCCAGCCCCAGAGUGUGGGUCUGAUAGCAGGAACCAUCGCCACCGGGGGCUUGGCUGUCAUCAUCUGCUCCCUGUUGGUGGGGUUCACGCUCUUCUACUGGAAGAACAAGAACAAAUACGACGAGGAGGAGAUCCCCAACGAGAUCAGAGAAGACGACCUCCCUCCCAAGAGGUCGUCGUCGGUGAAAGCGUUCCACGCCGACGCCUCGUCCUCGGAGAACGACACGCUGACGUCCACCAACACCUACAACAGCCGCUACUGGCACAACCCCAAGCCCAGCUACGACACCAACUCCUACACGCGCUACAACGGGGACACCCGCCACGCCGUGUCCGCCGCCCACGCCCACGGGCAGGCCCAGAGCGCGGGCCACGGACACGGCCACGGCGCGGCCUCGGCGGCGCCGGGCUCCGGUCCGCUGUCCCGCCACGCGCCGCAUCAGCCGCCGCCGCCGAUGACGACGGCGUCGUUCGCCAACGGCGGCCACGCGCUGCCGCCGCCCAAGACUCUGGUGGUCACCACGAACUCGGCGCCGUCCCCGCCCGCCAUGGGGCGCAGCAACGGCUCCGCGGGCCUCAAGCCGGGGGCGGUGGCGGCGGCGUCCGCGCGCGGGCAGCACACGCACUCCUUCGCGGUGAGCCAGGCCACGCUGGAGCGCAUGGGGGCGGUGCCCGUCAUGGUGCCGGCCCAGAGCAGAGCGGGCUCCCUGGUGUGAACCUUAAAACACCCGCCGGUUUUACUCGUUCAAGGGCAAGUCCCGGGGCGUAUGUGGCGUGGACAACUUAAUGAUGAGGAUGAAUUUACAAAACCCGCCGCAGAGAUGCUUCCUGCAACAACAACAACAACAACAACAACAAAACCCACUGGUUCCCCAUCGCAGUUCGUCUUUGGAUCAUUGCGAUGAUUGUGGGCUUCCGUUUUGGACUCAAAGCAAGGCGGAGGGGGGGUGGGGGGGGGCCCUGUGGUCCCGGCGGGGUCUGGUCAGGGGAGAAGAGAGCUGUGAUUUCCCCCCCC